UUGUGUUUUAUUCAAAUCAACGGUGAUGGGUACCGAAAUUAAUGGGGAAGAUCUUCAUAUAAAUGAACCGUUAAAUAUAAUAGAUACGUCACAGGAAAAUCUUGAUCAUUCCAUAUAUCAAGAUAUCAAGACACAUGAGGUAGGUCCAUGGGAGUCAAUCAACCAGAAAUAUUGGCACCAUAUUGAGCCAAACCAAUUAAAUUUACUUGAAACCAUAGAAGAAUCCGCGCCAUACCAUGAGUUAUCGCGAAGUAAAAAUAUCAAUCAAAAUGUUAUUAAUUCGUAUAAAACGCAAAGGAAACCUUCCAAAUUUAAAGGUAUUGCAAUAACUGAAAAAAGAUCGAAAAGACCAAGCUCCAUUUUAACUGACUCGGUGAAAAUAUUGGCGAAGGAACCUGGGAUAGCAUCCAGAAUAAAAGGCAUAUUACUAACGGAGUUUUACAAUGACCUUAACUCAAAGAGUGUACAAAAAUCAUCGGAUUCUCAAGAGAACUUCCAAUUGGUGCAUACGUCCCUUUUCCCACGACUUAGAACUAAUAACCCUGACGAACAAAUUUCAUCUUCAUCAUCCAAUUUUCAAGAAUUGAAAAACACGAAUUUUAAUAAAAAUAAUCUGGACCAUUCUUCAACAUAUACUCAAGGAUUCGAAAAUGAUGAUGAAAUAUAUGAUGCAAGAUUAGGAAGAACGGGAGCACCCAAAACUUCUAGCUCUAUUCUAACUGAUUCACUGAAAGUUUUAGUAUCUCAACCUAAAACAUCUGCUAGAAUAAAAAGUUUAUUACUAUCCGAAUUUAGCAAUGGAUAUAGAUCUGAAAAUCCUGCUCAGCCUAAAUUACCAAAUAGAAAGCCGGCAAAGAAAUUCAAGCCCUUAACUAUUGACCCAUUUUCCUCAAUACUUAAAUCAAAAUCAAAUGAUGAAUUGAUGGACCCUGUUCAUAUACCAUUUUUUGAGUCACUUUUUUUGAGAAAUCCACUAAAAUUAUUCGAAGUCGGUUACCAAGAUCAUCGUUUCCUUUCGAAACAACCAAAACCUACUUUUAAAGAAAUGAAACCACAAUUGACCUUUGCAUCAAAAGCUCCACAUGAUAGAUCAAAUAAAGUACAUUUUUAUGAUUCACAACUUGAAGAAAAUUUACAGUUGGCCCCCUAUGAACCUAAAAGCAAGCCGUGGAAUGAUGAAGAUACACUUAAUUACCAUCCACAGUUAGAUGAGGCAUUACAGAGAUCCGGAUCACUACUUUUUGCACCAACUAUGUCUCUAGGCCUACCAUUAUGGCAUUAUAAUUCAGAUUAGAUGUACAUAACAAGUAAAUUACGAAUCUCAAGACAAACCAUGGUAUGAUAUAGGUAAACGCAUGCUCCUUCAACCUAAAUCAAGAAAACCAAGACUCUCCUAUUUUCCAAGUCUACUUUAUAACUGCACCAUACGAAAAUAUGCAAUAUCUACAUUCAGAGUCUGCUUUUCAAACAAUUUCACCUUUAAACACGACCUCAGCAUGAAAAAUGGAAUCUGAUACAAGUACCACACCGAUAUUGGGUCAUGUGAAAAUCUGAAUAG